AUGCAGACUAGAUAUAUGGAGAGGACUAAUAGUAUGAGAGAAAAGAGAAAGCUUGAGGAAGAUGAUAAUACUAAUCAGCAGCAGCAGCCUGAGCGUAAAAGACCCGCUCUUGCAAGUGUAAUUGUUGAAGCUUUGAAGAUGGAUAGCUUACAGAGACUUUGCUCAUCUUUAGAACCUAUUCUUCGCCGAGUGGUAAGUGAAGAGGUGGAGAGGGCAUUGGCGAAGCUAGGCCCUGCAAGACUCAGUGAAAGGUCAUCUUCUCCUAAACGAAUAGAAGGCAUUGGUGGAAGGAACUUGCAGCUGCAGUUCAGGUCUAGACUCUCUGUUCCUUUGUUCACUGGAGGGAAGAUAGAAGGAGAGCAAGGUGCUGCCAUCCACGUUGUACUAUUAGAUGCCACAACAGGACAUGUACUGACAGUAGGCCCUGAAGCUUCUGCAAAGCUUGAUGUUGUUGUGCUUGACGGGGAUUUCAACAACGAAGAUGAUGAAGGUUGGACUGAAGAAGAGUUUGAGAGUCAUUUGGUUAAAGAGCGUCAAGGAAAGAGGCCUCUUUUGACAGGUGAUGUUCAGGUGACGUUGAAAGAAGGUGUGGGGACGUUAGGGGAACUUAUCUUUACGGAUAACUCGAGUUGGAUAAGAUGUAGAAAGUUUAGGCUGGGGUUAAAGGUGUCUUCUGGUUACUGUGAGGGGUUACGUGUGCGCGAGGCGAAGACAGAAGCUUUUACUGUCAAGGACCAUCGUGGAGAGUUGUACAAGAAACAUUAUCCACCUGCUUUGGAUGAUGAAGUCUGGAGGUUGGAGAAGAUUGGUAAGGAUGGAGCUUUCCAUAAGAAACUGAAUAAAGCAGGAAUCUACAACGUUAAAGAGUUUCUUCGUCUUAUGGUUAAAGAUUCUCAGAAACUAAGGACUAUUCUUGGGAGUGGAAUGUCGAACAGGAUGUGGGAGACACUUGCAGAACAUUCAAAGACAUGUGUCUUGAGUGAAAUGCUUUACGUCUACUAUCCUGAGGACUCAGUUGGUGUUGUUUUCAACAACAUCUAUGAGUUUAGUGGUCUUAUUUCAGGGAAGCAGUACUAUCCUGCUGAUUCUCUUUCUGACAACCAAAAGGGUUAUGUUGAUGCAUUGGUGAAGAAAGCUUAUGAAAACUGGGAUCAAGUUGUUGAGUAUGACAGCAAGUCACUGAUGAACUUCAACCAAGUUAACAAGACAGCUGAUUUAAUAGACUACUCAAUGCCAGUUUCUGUCCCAAGCCAACCUUCUACAUCAUAUUCAGACAUAACCGGCGAAGCAUCAGUGUACAAUCAGAUUUCGGCUUCAAGUUUCCCUGCUCAGUCUGAUACUAAUUCGUACAUAAUGAACUAUGGAAACGCUUCAUUUGCACCUCAAGACCAGCUAGUCAACAACACUCAUGAAUCACAAGGCAUGAUCAACGGAAAUGGUGGUGGGAGAUUAGCACUAGGUCCACCAACAGGAUCCCAAAACCAACACUUGGUUCAGCCUCAUACUGAGAUGAACCCCUUUAAUGAUUGGUCAAACACAGGAAACAGAGGAGGUGAUGGGUUCUUAUCAGAGGAAGAGAUAAGGGCUAGAAGUAAUGAAAUGCUUGAGAACGAUGAUAUGCAGCAGCUGUUGAGACUCUUUAGCAUGAGUGGUGGUGGUGGUGGCCCGCAAACUCCAAUGAACAUGGGGGAAGACGGGUUUGGGUUCCACUCGUUUGGUCAGUCUUCUUCUAUGGGCGAUUAUGAGGAAGACCGUUCACAAUCGGGUAAGCCUGUUGUUGGAUGGCUAAAAAUCAAAGCAGCUAUGAGAUGGGGCUUCUUCAUCAGGAGGAAAGCUGCUCAGAGACGUGCGCAGAUUGUUGAACUCGAGGAGGACGAAUAGGUCUCAAGAGCUAAGGGUUUCUUUCUGAUGGUGGCUAAACAGUUUCCCCAAAAGAAGAAAGUCUUUUGUUUGGUUUCUUCUUCUUGUGGGAGCGUCACGACUCACUUGUAUAGUAAGCUUUCUUCUUCUCUUUCUUAUUUGUGCUUUGUAAUCUCUACUUUGACCAGUAUUUUCAAGAAACUUUAAACCUGUUGUAAUUUGUUUUCUUUGUUGUGUGUUAUUUUGCUAUUUGGGGAUUUGUUUUUGGGAAGAUUAAUGAUAACUAUUUAGAGUAAUAGAGUAAUAAAUAAUAAACA